GCGCCAAAAUUCAAAAUCUCACCAAAUGCGCACAAGAGUCUCCGGACUCCGGAGUCUUUCAUUUACCCCAUCAAAAUACAUUUGACCUCUCAGCACUGCCAGAUUAACUCGAAUAAACCAUCGUCUGCACGGCUGACAUGAUAUGAAGACAGGCAUCAGACAGAUCCAUUUGCUGUGAGCAAACAAUGAGAGAGAGCCCGAGGAGACCCAUCAUCCUGAAGAGGAGGAAGCUGCCAUUUCAGAAGAGUGAAUCUGAUGGAGGCUGCGAUGAGGCAGAUGGGCCGCGCUCCAAGACCACCCAGACCAGGACCCCAUCCACCGCCCGCUGCUUCCCCGAUGGCAUCCGCAUCAUGGACCACCCCACAAUGCUGGACACACAGGUGGUGGUGAUACCGAAAGCAGCCGAUCUGCAGAGUGUCAUCAGCGCCCUGACAGCCAAAGGGAAGGAGUGCGGGCCUCAGGGCCGAAACAAGUUCAUCCUGCUCAGUGGCAGCACCAGUUCAGAGGAAAGCAAAACCCUUGGGUGUUUUUCUACAGAACCCGGGGCUGAUCUUGGGAAAGUGAAAAAGGAGACUGAGUGCUACCCGCUUGAUGAUAGUCUGACGAACAUCCAGUGGCUGGGAAAAAUGAGCUCUGAUGGACUCGGACCGGAAUCGAACCAAAAAUGCCCUAGCAAGGACAAUCCAAGUGAUUGUAAUCAGCUGCCCAAAUGUCCAGAAAAGGAGAAGAACCCUCUGUCCGAGAGACCCCCGUAUUCCUACAUGGCAAUGAUCCAGUUUGCUAUCAACAGCAAGAAUAACAGACACAUGACCCUGAAGGAAAUUUACAAUUGGAUCGAAGACCAUUUUCCGUAUUUCAGAAAUGUCGCAAAACCCGGAUGGAAGAAUUCCAUACGUCAUAAUCUCUCACUGCAUGACAUGUUUGUCCGUGAAACGUCUCCUGAUGGCAAGAUCUCCUAUUGGACGAUUCGACCGGAAGCAAACCGCUGUCUCACUUUGGACCAGGUUUACAAGCCUUUGGUUGACCCAGUGACCCCCACUUGCCCUCAGACCACACAAGUUGGUUACCAUCAACAACAGAAGAGAGGUCCUCCGGAGGUGAAGAAAGCGAUACCCAUCGCCGGUAGCACAGAGAGAAAGAUGAAGCCUCUUCUGCCUCGGACUGACUCGUACCUGGUUCCCAUCCAGCUUCCUUUGGGUCAGUCACUCUUCCUGCCCACCUCCAGUCCCGUGUCUCUCGCCACUCCUCCACACACUCAAAUCGCUUCCAUUCCCAGCUCCAGCAAGAGGGUCCGGAUUGCUCCUAAGGUCUCGCAGAGUGACGUGAGCUCGGUGAUGCUGUGUAAUCCCGCCUCUCAGGAGGUAAAGGAGGAGCCUGUGUGUGUGUCUCUGACUCCUGUGGCGUCCGAAGCUCCGCUCCCCAAAACCAGACAGCGAGAAAACAGCAGCUCCCGCCGCAAACAACGCCUGGUCCGGCCAGCCACUGAGGAACCCGUCCUGCUCUACCCCGACAGCACUCUCUUCGACUCAGGCGUUGUCUCUGACGUCUCCACCUUCCAAGACACUCAGGAGGCGGAGCCUGAUCCGGAGCCCCUGCCCACCUGUAAACCCGACUUUGACAGCCCAAACAGAGAAUACACUUUUAAAACGCCCAUCAAGGGCAGCCACCCUUCCUCAUCUACUCCCAGCAAGCCACCCACAGUGCUGGAGCCCUGGAGGAUCACUCCUGUCGGGAAGGGAGGUGUGCUGGACUUUAGCCCCAUUCGAACGCCCAGUGGGCCACAGCUCACCCCACAGCGGCACGAACACACACCUUUCAGUUUUAACAGCACACCGUUUAAGGAGCUGCCGCUUUUCAACUCCCCUCGAGAGCUGCUCACCUGUGCCCGACCCUCCCCGAGACGCUCCACCCCGGCCUGCUCCAGAGAGCUGCUGCAGGUGGGCAUCGCCAACCGCUCUCUCACCGAAGGGCUCGUCCUGGACACCAUGAACGACAGCUUGAGUAAAAUUCUAGUGGAUAUCAGCUUCUCCGGCCUGGAGGACGAUGAUCUCGGCAUGGCAAACAUCAGCUGGUCCCAGUUUAUCCCUGAGCUGAAGUGACUCCUGACUUCCUUUAUCUGAGCUGCUUAACUUCCUUCACUGCCUUUGACUCUUAUUUACUUGCUUUUGAUCUCUUCUAUUUUUAUAAGUAUUUUCUUAAUUUCUCUGCUAACAAAUGUUGCUAUUUCACUGCCUAUUACUGUACGUGUUUGUGUUUUGGAUAUGUAGGCCUUUAUUUGCGAGCAAAACUGUUAGUGACGAAUGUACUUAGAGAUAAUUAUUUUGCACAAGUUGUAAUAUAUAAAUGUGAGUGUGUGAGAGAGCGAGAGAGAGAGAGAGAGAGACAGACAGAGUGUGUAUUAUAAGCAAGUGGACAAACAGAUUUAACAGAUUAAUUCAUUUACACUACCCAACUUUACAUUAUUUCUUUGUUUUGGAAUAAUUUUGAAUACCUUGGUUUAGCCAGAUGGAUUGACGGUGAAAAUGACACACAAAAAGAGAUUUUUAAGAGAAUUUGGCAUAUAAAAUAAAACCGUAUGCAAAACCUU